AGUUUAUCUUUAUUCAUAAGUCAAAAAAGUCAGUUUAGCUUUCUAUUUAAAAAUGUUCACUGGUUUGGUUGAAACUAUCGGGACCAUUCUCGAGUACCAACAAGUCGAUACCACUUCCUCCGGUGGUAAUGGUGUUACCAUGACCAUUGGUGAUUGUGCAGAAAUCUUGGAUGACGUUCAUCUUGGAGACUCUAUAGCCACUAAUGGGGUAUGUUUGACGGUCACCGAAUAUAACGAAGCUAAAACUCAAUUCAAGGUUGGUGUUGCACCAGAGACCUUACGUCGUUCUAACUUGGGGGAUUUGGAAACAGGAUCGAAAGUUAACUUGGAAAGAGCAGUCACCAGUGAGGUCAGAUUGGGUGGUCACGUAGUUCAAGGCCAUGUCGAUACCAUUGCUAAAAUUGUGAAGCGAGUUCCUGAUGGCAAUGCCAUCACCUUCACUUUCCAAUUAAGAGAUGCUGAAAAGGAAAAUAUUAACUACAUAGUGGAAAAGGGGUUUAUUGCCAUUGACGGUACCUCCUUGACCGUCACCGAUGUCAAUUACGAUACUUUUGAGUUUUCAAUCAUGAUGAUUUCUUACACUCAAGGUAAAGUCAUCUUACCUUCGAAAAAUUUGGGUGAUACCGUUAAUAUCGAAGUGGACUUAACGGGUAAACUAAUUGAAAAACAAAUCGAAAUCAACCUAAACAGCCAGAUCAAGAAUGAAUCCAGUGCCUUGACCAAGUUAAUCGAAUCCAUAAUCGAUAAGAAGUUAGCUGGAUUGCAAAACUGA